AUGGUGGGAUUUAAGAACAGAUACAUGUUGAUGGAGGUUUUUCUAGACCCGGACAAGGAUCUUCUCGGAGAAGGAAAUCCGAUUAUUCUUACACAAUUCAAUCUCUCGAAAGCAAUUAAAGACAGCAUCCUCGUCAAUUUCGGCGAGUGUGGUCUCGGCUCUUCUCUUGGAUCUUUCCAGGUAAAAUAUGAGAACCCGAUCACAAAGCUUUGCAUUGUAAGAUCAUCAAGAGAGGAACACAGACAAGUUUGGUCGGCGAUGACGUUGGUCAAAAGCAUCGGAAACUGUCCGGUGGUCUUCAACUUGCUCGAUAUCAGCGGUUGCAUCAGAGCGUGUAAAGACAGAGCCUUGAAGUGCGAGACGGAGAGGUUAAAACAAUCUAGCAAAUCCUUGUCUGAAGAGGAGAAUCGAAUGAUGAACCGGUGCCUAGAUAAGCUCAAACAAUUGGAAAACUGA